CUGGGUAUUGACCUGCUUUCGUAUGUUGUGAACAGCUUCUGCAUUUCCUGCAAGAGUUCUCCCAGCAAACCAUUUCCAGGACUCAUGAAAUCAAAAAGCAAGUAGAUGGAUUGAUUAGUGAAACAAAAGCCACAGACUGUCGCCUUCAUAACGUCUUCAAUGACUUUCUUAUGUUAUCCAAUACACAGUUCAUAGAGAACAGAGUAUAUGAUGAAGAAGUGGAAGAGCCUAUUCCCAAAGCUGAUGUUGGAGACAAAGCAGAGCAGGAAAAGACCCGGGAGCAGAAAGAAGCUGAUCUGAUCCCCAAAAUCCAAGAAGCAGUGAAUUAUGGGUUGCAAGUUCUGGACAGUGCAUUUGAGCAGCUAGACAUCAAAGCAGGCAACUCUGACUCAGAAGAGGAAGAAAGUAAUGAAAGGGUGGAACUGAUACUUGAGCCAAAGGAUCUCUAUAUUGACAGGCCUUUACCUUACUUAAUUGGCUCUCAGCAGUUCAUGGAACAAGAUGAUGUUGGUUUGGGAGAUCUCUCUAGCGAAGAAGGGUCAGUAGAUAGUGAUCGUGGAAGUGUAAUUGACAGUGAAGAGAAGGAUGAAGAGGAAUCGGAUGAUGAAUUUGGAAAUCCUAGUGAAGAUGACCACAAGACGAGGCCAGCACUGAUAAGUGAUGAAGAUGAUGAUGAUGGCUGUGAUCUCUUUGAUUCUGAAAAAGAGGAAGAUGAGGAUGGAGACUUAGAUGAAACCACAAGGCCUGAAAAGAAAAGGCCAACAUCCUUUGCAGAUGAACUGGCAGCCCGAAUCGUCACAAGUAAAGAUGCGCUAUUUUGUUUGUGCUUUGAACUUUUUUUUCUUAAAGCCCUAUCGUCAGAGACCAAAACAAGGAAAAAAUUGAAAGAAAAGAAGGAAGUUAAAGUUCCAUCGGAUGAUGACGAAGAUGAUAUCUUCAAGCCUCCCAAGCUGACUGAUGAAGACUUCACACCUUUCAGUUCCAGAGGUGGCCUCUUCAGUGGUGGGACAGGCCUCUUUGAUGAUGAGGAGAGUGAUCUUUUUGCUGAAGCACCGAAACGAGAAGAAUCAAAAGAGCAAGAGGAGCAAGUUCCAAUAAAUGAAGCAUCCUCCACAAAGUCCUUAAAGAAAGUUCCUGCAGGUGCAGUGUGUCUGUUCCCAGGUGGGAGCGAUGUGUUUAAUUCCUCUGUAAUUGUGGAAAACAACAAGAAGCCUCUGGCACGGAGUACAGAGAAGGCCCCCAAACAGCCUGGGAAAGUUGCUCUGUUUGAUGACGAUGAUGACUUCUUUGUGGCAACCAAGAAGCCUCCAGAUUCAGUCAAGUCCACAUCUGAUCUAUUUGACGACGACGAAGAAGGCGACUUAUUCAAGGAAAAAACUGUUGUUCCUCCUGUGGCUGCCAGUACAACUAAAGAAGCAGAAAGCCACAAGGAGACAGCCAUGGAAAAAAAGAGUCAACUAUCUUCAACUGAGGACUUCAAGCCUUUAGCUGAAACAACUCCCAAAAAACAGAGGGGCCUCUUCUCUGAUGAGGAAGAUUCUGAAGACUUGUUUUCAUCAACUAAAACCGUGAAAUCUAAAGCAACACCUCUCUCCACCAACAAGCCCAUGGCAAAAGCUCCACUCUCCUUAUUUGAUGAUGAUGAAGAGGAUCUCUUUGGUGUGGUGACUGCCAAGAAGCAACAGGCAAAACCCCUGGAAGAGAAAGCAAAACAGUCCGAGCCACUCAAGAAAGCCUCCAGCUUAUUGUUCAGCAGUGAUGAGGAGGACCACUGGAAUGUCUCCAAGCCAGCUAAGCUUCCUUCUGAUGAUGACCGAAAAGAGGACCUUGCAAAACCAGCCAGCACCAUCAGUCAGGCUAAAGCUGUGAAGAAGAUGAGCCUCUUUGAGGAAGACGAUGAGGAGGAUUUAUUUGCAAUCACUAAAGAGAGCCAAAGAAAGCCACAGAAAGUAUCACUGCUGUUUGAAGAUGAUGCUAUUAAUGGAGAAUCACUCUUCAGCUCCCAAUCAGCGCUACUUCCUUCAGCUGCUAAGGCUGCAGUGGAGAAAGUAAAACCAGCACAAGCACCACCUUUCUUUAAUGAAGAAGAAAAGGAGAAAAAGGAAGAUGUGCCAGAUGCAGCGAAGUCUAAACAGGUAGAAGAUGCACUGUGGUGUUUAGAUGAGCCUGGAGCAGUUCCUGUGUCUGGAGGAGCAGACAUUGCAAGGCAGCAGACAAAGGCAAAAUUGGAGCCUUUUGCAGCAACGUCCUUGGAGCGAGUCAGUAAUUCAGAUCUGUUUGCCACGUCGCCACCAGCUCUGGAGAAAAAUGUCAAGACCCAGACUAAAACAGUUUUAAGCUUGUUUGAGGAGGAGGAAGAAGAGAGAGUGGAAGAUGAUGAUGGCAUUAAAAAUACACAGAAAAAAAUUGGUGUGCCUUCUGAGAAAGGCACCCAUCCCAAAAGCACUGGAGUUUUUCAAGAUGAAGAGCUGCUUUUCAGUCACAAGCUUCAGAAAGACAAUGAUCCAGAUGUUGACCUCUUUGCCAGCCCCAAGAAAUCCACGUCUGUAAACCAUAUUGUGAAGCCAUCAUCUGGAGGAGGGCUUUUUGGGGAUGACGAUGAGGAUGAUCUCUUCAGUACUGCUAAAACAAAGCCUCUGAAAAUACCAGAGAAGAAAACAGUUGUUAAGCCCAGUGCUAGCCCUUUUUUGGAAAGCAGUAACCUUCUGCAAAAUGCUUCAAGUGCCAAACAAGAUGAAGUUCUGAAGGCAGAAACCACAGAGAAAUUUACAGGUCCUGUUCCCAUUAAAACCAAAGAGCCCUCAUCUCGGAUUGGAAAGCUACAAGCUAACUUAGCCAUUAACCCUGCAGCCUUGCUUCCUGGUGCAAUGCCUAAGGUCUCCAGCGUUAAGUCCCCCCUGCCAGAUUUGGAGACACCAUUACACGAACCCAGCAAUGUACAGAAUAGCGAAAGCUUCUGUGCUGCAGGAAACAAUGAAGAACUCGGUGUGAGCUUUGAUCAGCCUAUGCAAGCGGAUACCUUGCACAGUGCCAAUAAGACCAGGAUCAAGAUUACGGGAAAACGGAGACCUCCUAGCAGAACAGCCCGACGUCUAGCUGCCCAAGAGUCAGGUGAGAGUGAGGAGGUGGACAGUGCUAAGGAAUUGCAGUCCUCACUACCAAAACAGAGGUCGGCAGUAGUGACCAUAAAGGAGCCCCUUGCUACUGAACCGGAGUCCAAGGAAAAUGGCUUUCUCUCUGGCUUGUCGAUACCAGCUCAUGGCAGCAUUCUCUCUGUUGGGACAGACAAACGCCUUUCUUCAGAAUCCACAGACCAAGGGGAUGAUCUGUUUGAAUCAGAAGACCUUUUUGCAAGCAGCUCAGCAUCCAGACCAGCUGCACGAUCAAAGACGAGGGAGGGAAUGGCAGAGAGUUUGGCUAAAAAACCUGUCAAGGACAGAGAGGAAAAACCUGUUCUGUCUGUUCUGGAUGAUCAGGACAGCGAUGAUCUCUUCCAGUCUGUACAGCACAAGUCUUUGAAGAAAAAUAGCCCUAUUCCCUUCUUAGAGGAGGAGGAGGAAGAUUCUCUCUUUACCUGUCAGAAAACUGGAAAGAAGGAGCUGAAACCUGCUGUCCAGCAAGGUGUUGACCCUACUGCCCAAGAUAUCUUUGAGGAUGAUAUAUUUGCUACUGAGGCAAUUAAACCAACAAACAAAGCAAAAGAAAAAAUGCCAGACGCUAACCUGUUUGAUGAUAACAUUGAUAUUUUUGCGGAUCUCACUGUAAAACCAAAAGAAAAGAAGACCAAGAAAAAGGUGGAACAAAAGUCCAUAUUUGAUGAUGAUAUGGAUGAUAUCUUCUCUAGCAGUCCAGUCAAGAUACCCACUCCCAAACGCCGAUCUUCUCAGGCAGCCUCGGACAUGAAAUCUGAAAGCAAGGCACUGAGCACGUUUGAUGACCCACUGAAUGCCUUUGGAGGCCAGUAGCCAAAGUGGGGUUGUUGCAGAGAGGAGGCCUUCUUUAUGUCCUGUCCAGUACUAAUACUCUGAAUUAUCUAAUACAAUAGAGCUGAAAUGAGAUGGCUGUGGUUAUUUAAAUUACAGGCUACUCAUUUUACGUGGUUAGUAUCUUCUUGUACUGAGUCUAACUGGGCUUAACAAUAUAGUAAAAAAAAAAAAAAAAACAAAAGAAAAACCAACAACAACUACUCCAGCAGUAACCUCCUGCUAUCCUGUUUCCGUGGUGCCCAGAUGGAUAUAGCCUGUGCAAUACCCGCAAUGAAGUAAUCUAUUAUACAAAGUAUAGUUUGUUUUAUUGAACAGAUCUACAAAGAGAAUCAUUGAUAUUGCUAAAUAGUAAAUGGAAUCUGUUUAAACCAGA